CUGCCACACAGCCCAGUAGCCAAGCACUGGCAGCCUGACCACACACCGUCAACCUAUCCAGGAGUCCUUCGUCGCGCGCUAGAACACAAGGCUUACAACACUCGCCGACCGGCCAGCCGCUAGAAGCACUUCAGUAGCCCCACUUUCACAACCACAACCACAACCACAACCACAACCCCAUCAAGCAGCCAGCCAGCCAGCCAGCCAGUCAGCCAGCCAGCGAGCCAACACCGCCAUGCACGAGCACGAGCUGAUGAAGUACCCGGUGGCUCGCGGCCAGGUGCUCAUGGUGUGCACCUCCUGCGACCACGUGGGCGACCGCCACGACACCGGCGUUUGGCUGAGUGAGGUGGCGGUGCCCUACUACAUCUUCAAGAGCAACGGCUACGACGUCACCUUCGCCAGCAUCUCCGGCGGCGCAAUCCCCAUCGACCAGGCCGCACUGAGUGAGGGCGAGAAGCGGCAGCACCCCGAGCUGGAAAGAUUCCUGGCUGACGAGUCGGCCAUGCAGCAGCUGGGCGCCUCGGUGCCGCUGGCGACCGUGGCGCGGCCGCCCGCCUACGACUGCGUAUUCCUGGCGGGCGGCCAGGGCGCCAUGGCCGACAUGCCGGCCAGCGCCCAGCUGCACCGCGUGCUGGCGGACGCGGCGCAGCACGGCAAGCUGAUCGCCGCCGUGUGCCACGGCCCCGCGGGUCUGCUGGGUGCGGUGGACGGCGCCGGCAAGCCAUUGCUGGCGGGGCGCACGGUGGCGUGCUUCACGGCGCAGGAGGAGGACAAGACCGGCGCCGCGGACUGCAUGCCCUUCCAGCUGGAGCAGAAGCUGCGCGAAGCCGGCGCCAGCGUGCGCAAGGCUCAGCCCGGCGAGGAGAACGCGCUGCGCGAUGGCUUUCUUAUCACCGGCCAGAACCACGCCAGCGCCGCGCGAGUGGCGAACCUGGUGGUGGAGGCGCUCAAUGUGCACCCCACGGGGCCCGAGGGAAGCGUGCCCAUCGUGGGCCGCGCGGUAGCGGAGGCUUGAGGCAUUCGGGGAAUGAGGCGGGGUAAAUGUGUCUGGUAGCCGCCGUAAGGUUGGGACGCAUCAGCAGCCCACGUGCUUUAUAAAGUAAAUGCAGGCCUAGGUAUAAGUGCCGCGGCCGAGGCUCUGCGGUUGUAUGUACAUUCCGUGCGCACAAGAACCGCUUGCAUGUUGUUGCGCGAGUGACGCUCGAUGGACACGCCGCCAGACUGCCCUACUAGGUUGCACAUGUAGAGCUAGGGUGUCAAUGUUGAAGUCGGGUAUGGUGCGGGCCGGCGACUUUCGGCGUUAACCAGUC